AGCUCUCUUAGCUAUUCGGCUAGCCGCUUGCGACGCCGCUGCCUCUCGCCGCUACGGUCCGUCGCAUCGGGGACAUUCGACCCUUUUCACUCCCCCGGCAAAAAUAACCUGUUUUUCAACGUUGGUAACUUGACGUCAGUAGUUUAUCAUGAUAGAAGUUGAGUAAACGGCUCGUUAAUUUGAGGUGUUAUCGUUGAAUUUCCGACCGAUUUGGCGGGACUAGAUCGGGUUAACAAUACGAGGAGCUAAAGGCUAGAGAGCUGCUAGCGUUGAGACACAGGCCAGUUUGUUUCAGCUAACACAGCUAGCUCAGCGAGCUACCGCCGCGGCUGUCAUGGAAGACAAAUCUUUCACUAAAGAGUUAGACCAAUGGAUCGAACAGCUAAAUGAGUGUAAGCAGCUAUCGGAAAACCAGGUCCGGACACUCUGCGAGAAGGCCAAGGAGAUUCUGACCAAGGAGUCCAACGUUCAGGAGGUGCGAUGCCCUGUGACGGUGUGUGGUGAUGUUCACGGUCAGUUCCACGACCUGAUGGAGCUGUUUAAGAUUGGAGGCAAGUCUCCCGACACCAACUACUUGUUCAUGGGAGACUACGUUGACAGAGGCUACUACUCAGUGGAGACGGUCACCCUGCUCGUCACACUAAAGGUUCGUUUCCAGGAGCGAAUCACCAUCCUGCGAGGGAACCACGAGUCGCGGCAGAUCACACAGGUCUACGGCUUCUACGACGAGUGUCUGAGGAAGUAUGGCAAUGCCAAUGUCUGGAAGUACUUCACAGACCUGUUUGAUUACCUGCCUCUCACCGCACUGGUGGACGGACAGAUCUUCUGUCUCCACGGAGGUUUGUCUCCCUCCAUAGACACUCUGGAUCACAUACGAGCUCUGGACCGCCUGCAAGAAGUCCCACAUGAGGGCCCCAUGUGUGACCUGCUGUGGUCGGACCCCGAUGAUCGUGGUGGGUGGGGCAUCUCUCCCCGAGGUGCCGGCUACACCUUUGGACAGGACAUCUCUGAAACCUUCAACCAUGCCAACGGCCUCACUCUGGUGUCCCGCGCCCAUCAGCUGGUUAUGGAGGGCUACAACUGGGGUCAUGAUAAGAAUGUGGUGACCAUCUUUAGUGCUCCAAACUACUGCUACCGCUGCGGAAACCAGGCAGCCAUCAUGGAACUGGACGACACUCUGAAAUACUCUUUCCUUCAGUUUGACCCCGCCCCCCGUCGCGGCGAGCCCCAUGUGACCAGACGCACUCCUGACUACUUCCUGUGAAUGUCCAAAGCCAUGCCUGUCAAUCAUCCACAAAGCUCCACCCCCUCUUACCCCAAUCCCUUCACCCCCCUUCAUUUUGGAUGGAAAGAAGCUACUAAUAAUAAUAAUACUGUACCAGGGAGAAUAGAAACAAACGAUUGGCUGACGAACCAAGAUUUUAACAAAAAGAGAGAAACCUAAAGAUUAGUCUUGUUUUCAAUAUGCUGUCAUUAAUGCUGUGCUUGUCGGGGAAAAACAACACGUACAACUAUGAGCUGUUUCCUUUUCCUUCUUUUUGUUUAUUACAUGUUUAAAAAUGAGAUAAAACUACCAACGUGGACCAAAUGUGCCAUAUUGUGAUCCUUUUACAACAUGUACAACGCGCGCAACGUUUCUUUCUUUUGUUUUUCUGUUUUUCUUUGUUUUGUUUUUUUAGACCAGCACUAUAACCCUACCUACCUGACGACGUCACCACCACACCACACUUCUUCAUGGCAUAUGUGCUUUUUUCUGUUGCAAGGAUAAUUUUAAAAAAGGAGAAAAAAACUGAAAAAAGAAAAAAAAAAAGUUUGCUUCAAGUAGUACAGCUGUCAGUUUUAGCUGUCCAGGCUGCAGCCGGUGGUCAUCUCAGCAAGUAUAUUACUGUAAUUUGAAUAAAGACAACAGACGUAUUAAAUUAAAGAUGUCCUGUUGACAAACUA